UCAAUAAACGCGUCAAUCAAUAAAUAUCAAGCCAGUGCCCUUCUAAGUUCUAACAUUGUUAUUCAUUCUCCUCUCAAAGCAAAGAAAUCAUGGAUCAUGGUAACAUGCAUGACAUGCCUCCACCAUCAACACCAUCCAUGAUGAAUAAUGGAUCCAUGAACGGAGGAGGACAUCACAAGAUGAUGAUGAUGCACAUGACUUUCUUUUGGGGCAAGAACACGGAAGUUCUCUUUUCCGGUUGGCCGGGAACAAGCUCCGGCAUGUAUGCUCUUUGUCUCAUCUUUGUCUUCUUCCUCGCCGUCAUCACCGAAUGGCUUGCUCACUCAUCUCUCCUCCGUGGCACCGCCGGAGAUUCCGCUAACCUCACCUCCGGGCUCGUCCAAACCGCCGUGUACACCCUCCGUACUGGCCUCGCUUACCUAGUCAUGCUCGCCGUCAUGUCAUUCAACGCCGGCGUGUUUCUAGCCGCCCUCGCUGGUCAUGCCAUCGGCUACAUGUUGUUCGGAAGCCGAGCUUUCAGAAAUCCCUCCGGCGACCGGAAAACUAACGAUCCUCCGGCCUCAGAAAGAAGUAAAAACGGAUCGGUUUCGUCCCGUCAAAACUAUAGCAAAAUUAGAAUCUGAGUUGAUGAUUGGGCCAAGUGAAUAUGGUCAUCGACAAAGUCGUUCUUUACUCCAAGUGUUGUUUGGCUUUAGAAGAGUUUUUACAUCCCUCGUUGUCCAUCAAAGUUCUUCGAAACAAUCCACUAUUCGUACUCUUAUAACUCUCCUACAUCCCACAAAUCUUCUAACAAAUUAGAUCUAGAUAUAAUAUUUAUCUUUAAUUUAAAUAAAGAGUUGUCUA